UUUUAUUAAAUUAGUUUACAACUGUGUGAUACAAAAUGCAUGAUACAAUCGUUCGUCUGGCCGAUGUUUGGAAGACGUGCAAUAAGAUCCGAGCCGCGUCGUUCCGCGUCGGCCUCAAUCUGUGGGACUUCUACCGGCCCCUCGAUCCCGAGGGAAACUCACUUAUUUCUGAGUCAAAAUUCGUGUCCGUGCUGGCCGGGCCGCUCCGCUCUGUCAUCGGGCUGUCUGAUGCUGAGAUAGCGCAGCUGGCCGACUACUUCAGAGCGCAGGACGGCCGCGUGCUGUACCAUCAGCUCUGCCAGAUUGUGCAUGGCGAAGAUGCCGGCGGACGCGACAAGACCACGUCGGAUUGCCUGCUGGAAGCGUGCCCGCCGCCGCCCGAGCCCGCUUGUCACAAGCUCGACAUGUGGCAGUUGCGUCGCCUGUGCUGUCUGCUCGCCACCAUCGCGCAGAGGGACAUACCGCUCAAACCUUACUUUCAGGAUUAUGAACUAGUUGCCAAAAACGAUGGUAGAAUAACAUUCGCCCACUUUGCGCGUAUCCUCAAUUACAUUGGGAUCCUGGUGUCUCCGGAAGACUUCAACCUGCUCGUGCGUCGCUUCAUCAAGGAUUCCUACACGCUGGAUUAUGUGGAAUUCAUUAAGGCCGUUGAAGCGGUCAAGAAACAAGGCAUUCAAGGAUUAGGACCAGAAUACAACAACCCAACCGCAGUGAUAGAUACCACACUGCCCAAAAUGGUGCGACCGGAGAUCGAGGCGGGGCGCUCCACCGCGCCGCUCGGAGCCUCCGACGUGUUCCACCCCGCGCUGCAGGCUCCCAAACCGACUCGGCAACUGUUAGACCUCAUGCUGCGGGUGCAAGAAUUCGUGCUGCAGCGCCGCGUCAGAGUGUCUGAGUUCUUUAGGGACUACGACCCCCUGAACAGCGGGCGCAUAUCGCCGCAGCAGUUCCGGCGCGCGCUGGACAUCAUGGGCUUCGGCGCGAUCAUGUCGGACCUGGAGAUGCUGUGCGUCACCAGGCACUACCUCGACCCCAAUCAGCCAGACCGCGUGUGCUGGAGGACGUUCGAGGACGAUUGUGAUCAAGUUUUCACGAUAAAAGAGCUAGAGAAGCACCCGGACGUGUCGGCGGGCGGUGUGGCGGCGGCGGUGGCGGAGCUGCCGGCGGUCGGGUCGUUGGCGGAGCGCGGCGGGCCCGCGCCUGCCGACCUCGACCUGGCGCAGGCGGCGCUGCUGCGUGUGCGCGCCGCUUGCAAUGAGCGCGCUAUCGAUCUGCGACCCGCGUUUGGGGAACAUGAUGAGCACAACAACGGGCACGUGUCCCGCUCGCAGGUGCGGCGCGUGCUGGCGCGGCUCGGCGUGCUGCCCACGCCGCAGCAGAUACGCGCGCUCGAGACACGGUAUUUGGAUGACUGUGGCUUUAACUACGUGGCUCUGCUUGAUGAGCUAGAGGAGCGACCUGCAGAGAGCGCUACUAUCGCGGGGCCGGCAAUCGCACCACGCCGCCCGCAACACUCUGCCGCAAAUCCUCUCGAAACUGAUAUUGUACAAAUCCUUGCCAAGAUCAAAGGAAAGAUGGUGCGAGAAGGUGUACGUCCGCGCGAUUUCCUGCAGCAGUUCGACCCGCGCCGUGAGUUGGUCAUUCCUCGCGCAGACUUCUACCGUGGUCUGGGCUCCGCUGGCCUGUCGCUUACUCCACGGGAAAUGGACACUCUUAUGGAAGUUUUCUGUGCGCCGGGUCGCCGCCGCUACGUGGAGUACGACAGGUUCUGUUCCACGGUGGGCGAAGCGCUAACGCAGAGCGGACUAGAGCGCGCGCCGCUGCUGGAGCCGGUGCCGCACGUGCCGACCAUCGACACGCCGCUCAACUUCCUCAACUUUGAGGAGAGGAACAUCGUCGCGAUGGCUCUGUCCAAGCUGGCCAAAUUUCCUGACCAACUCUCAAAUAUACUCGAGGUGUUUAAGGACAUCGACAAAGAACGUUGCGGCACAAUCCCACGGGUGUCCAUUGAGCGAGCGCUCUGCCAGCGAGGUCUGCUCGCUUUGCUGUCUGCUCGCGAAAGAGAUGUGGUGUACAAAUGCUUCGGCUACCGAAGAGGGUGUGGUGACGAGGUCAACUACAGGGCUUUGUGUAAUGCACUGGAUUUACUGUUUGCUACCUCUGCACAGCCUUGUUAACUAUCGUAUCGCUUACAAUAAACGUUGGUUAUUAAAA